GCAGCCAAUGGGCAGGCGGAGCGCACGGGCGGCGCGGCCAAUAGGCGGGCGGGGCGGUGCGUUUGAACGGCGCGGCGCGAGCGCAGGGGCCCGCGCGGCCCGGCGCGGUCCGUGCGCUCCCCGCCAUGCCCGGUCGCCCCGACGACUACGAGGUGCUGCUCACCAUCGGCGCCGGCUCCUACGGGAAGUGCCGCAAGGUGCGCCGCAAGGCCGACGGCAAGAUCUUGGUAUGGAAGGAGCUGGACUAUGGCGCGAUGACGGAGUCGGAGAAGCAGAUGCUCGUAUCGGAGGUGAACUUGCUGAGGGAGCUGCGGCACCCGAACAUCGUGCGCUACUACGAUCGCAUCAUCGACAGGAGCAGCACCACGCUGUACAUCGUCAUGGAAUACUGCGAUGGGGGAGACCUGGCCAGCCUGAUCGCCAAGUGCGCGAAAGAAAGGCAUUUCUUGGAUGAAAGCUUUGUUCUCAGAGUGUUGACUCAGCUAACGUUGGCCUUGAAGGAGUGUCACAGACGGAGUGAUGGUGCAGUCACUGUGCACCGUGACCUGAAACCAGCAAAUGUCUUUCUAGAUGGCAAACAGAAUGUGAAGCUUGGAGACUUUGGACUGGCUAGGAUAUUGCACCAUGACACCAGCUUUGCCACAACUUUUGUUGGCACUCCAUACUACAUGUCUCCAGAACAAAUGAACUACAUGUCAUACAAUGAGAAAUCUGACAUCUGGUCCCUAGGAUGUAUUGUGUAUGAAUUAUGUGCUCUCUCGCCUCCAUUUACAGCUUUCAACCAAAAGGAGCUGGCAGAAAAGAUAAGAGAAGGGAGGGUCAGGCGAAUACCUUAUCGUUACUCAGAUGAGCUGAAUGACCUUCUCAAGCAGAUGCUGAAUGUAAAGGAUUACUGCCGACCUUCUGUUGAAGAUAUUCUGCGGCACCCCUUGAUAGAAGAUGUGGUGACAGAAGAACAAAAACAGAUUUCUGAUAGAAGAGCCUUGAGAUCAUGGGAGCCAGAAAGGCUGCAGUUCUCAGAUGUUGUAGCGAGUGAGCUGAAACGAAAGGAGCAACAAUUACAGGAGCGAGAGCAAGCCAUUAAAGAGAGAGAACAACGUCUGGAGCAGAGAGAACGGGAGCUCUGUGUUCGGGAGAGACUGGCAGAGGACAAACUUGCUAGAGCUGAAAGCCUGCUGAAGAGGUGCAGUCUCCAGAAGCAGCAGCAGGAGGUAACGUGCGCGGAAGGUCCAGAAGUGCCUAUCAGAGCAGAAAAGGACACAAGUAAAAUGCCCCUAGAAAAUAACGCACUCCUGCUUCCCUUUUCUACAACAAAGAAGAACUCACACUCUGAUGGAAUUGAAGAGAAAGCUGUACCUCAUAAUAUGGAAAACUAUUUCCUUUCCAAAGGGAAAACCUCUGAUCUCAAAAGGCGUCUCUAUGCUGCAAAUCUACGGGCUCAAGCACUGGCUGAACUGGAAAAAAACUAUCAACUAAAGAGCAGACAAAUCUUGGGCAUGCGUUGAAACUGCAACAGAUGUAUUUAUCUUUGAAAAGAAGAUUAAAUGUAUAGGCAGAUAUUUGUGCCUCCCUCUCUUAAGCUAGAACCUACUGAAAAAUUAUUUUAACAGUUGUACAAAGUCUUCAUUUAUGACAGGUAGUUUAUGAUAAACGCAUAAGAUACUAUAUGAUGAAAAGAGGUACUUUUGAUACCAAAUAAAACAAACUGAAUUAAUUGUAUUAUUAAAGAAAAAUAUUUUGGUCCUCCUGUUUACCAUAGUUCACUCUUCUGAAAAUAUAAAGAAUGGAUAUAUAUGUGAUGUUUAAAAAUCUGAUGUGAAAAAAAUUUCAGGUGAAAAAUGUACAGAAAUUCACAGCCUGUAGGUUAAAAUGCUGUAUAUAAUGCACAGUUGUUGAUAAAGGAAGU